AUCUACCUCUAAAAUAGGCAGUGAGUGAGCAGUCAUUCCCGAGAGCAAGUGAGUGUGUAGCGAAAAGAAAACUGAAAGAAACCCGCGACUGAUGAGAACUGAACCUGCUUAGAACAAUCAAUACGACAAAGAUGUUUGUUACUUUAUUAUUAUUACUUGUCUUAAUUGGAUAUUUGACAUAUCAUUAUUACGUGCAAUAUGGACCAAAUGGACGAUUAAUCAAUAAAAUACCAGGACCAAUAGGUUAUCCAAUUAUUGGUAAUAUAUUGUUAUUCACUCGGAUAGAUUUACUAGAACACAUCUGGAAGGUUCACUUUAAUUUAAUUAAUCAGUAUUAUCCCCUUUGUAAAAUAUGGUUUUUCUUAAUACCUAUUGUGGCUAUUCGUCAUCCCGAUGAUCUAGAGGUAAUACUGGGCAGUACAAAACAUAUCGAAAAGAGUAAAAUUUAUGACGUUUUAAAGUCUUGGUUCAACACGGGUCUUAUUGUCAGCAAAGGUUCAAAAUGGCAAUCACGACGAAAGAUAUUAACUCCCACAUUCCAUUUUAAUAUAUUACAGCAAUUUGCUAAGAUUUUAAUCGAAGAAGGCGAGAGGAUGUCAACAUCUUUAAAAAAUACAGAAGACACUAUUACAAAAGAUUUAAUACCGUUUAUUGGUGUACAUACGAUGAACGCAUUAUGUGAAACUGCAAUGGGAACUUCUUUGAAAGAAACGGAUUCAUUUCAUAUUCAGCAAUAUCGAAAAGCGUUUCACCAAUUAACUAAAAUUUGUUUGUAUAGGUAAUUAAAAUAAAUGUACUAUAUAUGUCGCAUGCA